AUGGAGAGGAGUCCGCAGCUGAAUACCCGUCCGCCGAAGAUUGUGUUCAUCGGACAUAGUCUGGGGGGCUUGGUGAUUAAGCAGGCCCUGCUCAAUGCACAUGAAGAUCCCAAAUAUACCGCUAUCCGGCUGGCAACCUGCGGGCUGGUGUUCUUUGGGACUCCGCACCGUGGCGCCAAAGGUGUUGAAGUCGGUAAGAUCGCUGCCGCGGUCGCUCGCUUCGUAUCGAAGGGCCAUGCGAGUAAUGAGCUGCUGGAUUGUCUCGAGUACAAUUCGCUCUUCACACGACAGAUGUCCAGCCGUUUCAGUCACCAGCUGGAGGACUACCGGGUCGUGAGUUUCGUGGAGGGGAAAGAAGUGUUGAUCGGGGGCGCAGGGCCGGCGUCCGUCAGCCAUUUGGUUGUGGACGAAGAGUCGGCGGUGCUGGGCCUCCCCGGCAAUCGGGAAACCCGACUCAAACUCGACGCCGACCACUCGCAGAUGUGCAAAGUCGGGUCGCGUGGCCCCAUGUACAAGCUGAUCAAGGGCAACAUCAAGCAGAUUGUCGACCAAGUCCUCGUCGCCGAACAAGGGUACAUCCCUCAACAGUCGACAUCGUCCCAUGCGGGCCCACCACUACCUACGGUUACGCAUACCAACAGCAGCUCGCCGUACCCUAGUGCCCCACCUCCGACGACCGGCCAACGCAUCGUGGGAACCAUGUACACGGCAGUCGACAGCGAUCCACGUUCCAUCAAAGCGGCCGAACACAAGAACGUCGGACGCUGGGAUCAAGCCCGGAACCUGGAGUAUGCCAUCUUCCAGGAACACCUGCGAACGCUGGGCCCGGAUCACAACAGCACGAUUGUGGUGGGCUACAAUCUCGCCGAGAUCGACCUCGAGGCCUCGUACCUCGCCAAAGCAACCGAGUGGUGCAAGUGGGUGACCGACCAGAGUCAGCGGACGCUGGGGCCCCGGCACCCACUGACCCUGAGAGCCGAGAGCCUAAUGGGCGAAAUCCUCUGCGCACGAGGUCGCUACCAGGAAGCCGAGUCGGUGUGCGCCAACGUCCUCGCACGCCAGCAGAUGAGCAUCGGCGAUGACGACCUCGACACGCUGGAGACCCGCCGCCGCCUCAGUGCGGCGUAUGCCAAUCUCGGCCAGGAGCAGAACGCAACCAGCAUCGCGGAGAAACGCCAUGAGGCGCUCCAGCGCAUUCUCGGCCCGCAGCACAUCCGCGUGCUGGCCUCCGCGCUCGACACCGUCGAGGUGAUGAUCUUGUCGCGCACGCAGAAUACCGAGCGGCUUUUUGAGAUGCGCUUCAGCGGGGAGAUCGCCAACACGACGGCGCAGACGGGCCAAAUCGCGCGCGAGUUGGUCGAUCUCCUCGGGCCGCGGCAUCCGCUUUCGCUCCGCGCGGUGCGCAUACAGGGGAUCCUACAGAUGCUGGUGCAGGAUUCGACCACCGCGUCGGAAACCCUGCGGCGGGCGCUGGCAAUUGCCGAGGAGACGUUCGGGCCCGACCACCCGGAGUCGAUGACCCUGGUCGCCGCCAUCGGGAUCAUGUACACGCUACACGGCAACGGGCGGAGCUUCAUCACGUUCGCGGUGCCGGGGAGCGACAACAACCAGCUGGAGAUGGCGGGCCCGUGGCUGACGCGGUACCUGUCGUGGGCGGAGGUGCGCAAGGGCAAGGACAGCGGCGACGUGCAGUCCAUGCUGGACAUGCUGGCGCAGCUGCACAUGGCGCGGCGGCAGUAUACGGAGGCGGGCAAGUACUACGAGCGGCUGGUGGAGUCGUACCAGGCGGCGGGGAUAGCCAUACCGACGCUAGUGCAGACCAAUCUGCAGACGUGUCGCAUGCACACUGCGAUGUUUGCGCAGUACUCGCCCCGUGGAACCGGGUCGGCUAUUGAGGGGAUACUGAAUUCGUUUGUAAAGAAGCGUUUCCAGCGCUCGCUAUUGCUAUGCGACAGGAUACAUCAUCAUCUCAACUUCAUAACAUAA